AUGGAUGUACGAGGUAGAAUCAGUUGUAUACCGGUUGGCUCCGGAGCUCCUCUCGGUGAAGAAUUCGCUAAAUGGGAGAAAGACGGGGGUUACGGAAUGGGAAUGUGGAGUACAUAG